CGCAGCCGCCGCGAGCACCGUGCGCUUCAGCCUCCGCGCCCGCAGCUCCCGGCCCGCCGGCCCCGCCGCACCCGCCUGCCCCGCCGCGGAGCCCCGGCCUGGCCCCGGGCCGCCGCCACCACGCCGCGCGCCGUACUCCGCGUCAAGAAUGGGGCGGCCAAGCUGCCCAAGCCGCCCGCCGCCGCCGCCGCGGCCGAGGCGCCCGGGGCCGGCGCGGGCAUGGAGCGCUCGCAGAGCCGCCUCAGCCUGUCCGCCUCCUUCGAGGCGCUCGCCAUCUACUUCCCGUGCAUGAACUCCUUCGACGACGAGGACGCGGGAGAUAACCGGAGGCUGAAGGGGGCCAUCCAGAGAAGUACAGAGACGGGCCUGGCAGUGGAGAUGCCCAGCCGGACGUUGCGCCAGGCCAGCCACGAGUCCAUCGAGGACAGCAUGAACAGCUAUGGCUCAGAGGGCAACCUUAACUAUGGGGGAGUGUGCCUGGCCUCAGAUGCACAGUUCAGUGAUUUCCUGGGCAGCAUGGGGCCAGCCCAGUUUGUGGGCCGUCAGACCCUGGCCACCACACCAAUGGGGGACGUGGAGAUUGGCUUGCAGGAGCGGAAUGGUCAGCUAGAAGUGGACAUCAUCCAGGCUAGAGGACUGACAGCCAAACCAGGCUCCAAGACACUGCCAGCUGCCUACAUCAAGGCUUACCUGCUAGAGAACGGCGUCUGCAUUGCUAAGAAGAAGACCAAAGUUGCUCGCAAGUCAUUGGAUCCACUGUAUAACCAGGUGCUGCUGUUUCCUGAGAGUCCCCAGGGCAAAGUCCUACAGGUGAUCGUAUGGGGGAACUACGGGCGGAUGGAGCGGAAGCAGUUCAUGGGAGUGGCCCGCGUGUUGCUGGAGGAGCUGGACUUGACCACCCUGGCUGUGGGCUGGUACAAGCUCUUCCCCACCUCGUCCAUGGUGGACCCAGCUACAGGUCCCCUGCUGCGGCAGGCAUCCCAGUUGUCCCUUGAGAGCACCGUGGGGCCCUGUAGUGAGCGAUCUUAGUGCCCCCGAUGGGGAGGGGCUCCCUAAGAUGGUCUGGAGACCGCCCAGCCCCAACCUGGGACCCCAGGCCAGGGGCACAUUACAUAAAGGAGGAUGGGGUUCUCCCCCACAGUGGGGAAGCAGAAUGGGGAGACCUGCACCCCCCCUUGGGCCCCUCCUCACCCUUCUUUGCCUCCUAUCCCCGAGACCUCCCCUUUCCCAACGGGAUUGGCUGCGUUUUGACUUGGCCAGUUCUUGACCUGGUGGAUGUGGCUGCAGUCUGGAGAAAGGAAAGACUGUGGUAGCAGAGCAAACUAUUCACCUGCCCUGGACACUGUCCGACCGCACCCCCUUUUUGCCUCCUCGGAAGCUCGCUGCCCCGAAGCCAAGUCCAGAACCCAGCGGCCAUCUCCAUGGUGCCAACUACCAGCAAGUGUCUUUCCUGCGGCACCGGGUUCAGGCAGCUACUCCUGCCCCAGAGCCAAAGGGGCAGCUUUGCAAGGAUCCGGAGCCAGCUCCGGGGGACCCAGAGCCCCCCACUUGAAGAGGAGCUCAGGCCCCCUCCGCCUGCCUGUGGAAGGAGCUGUGCCGCAGUCUGUCUGAGUCCAUCUGUCCAUCCCCUCCUGCUGUCCCCUCUUCCAGUGACUCUAGGAAGCAGGGUCCAACAAGGAGCAGAGGAGAGGAGGAGGGCCCUGGGGCCUGGCACAGACCACCCAGGGUACCUGCGCCUUGGGGUUUCAACGAGCAAAUUUGGAAACACCUGGCAGACUGAAAAGAACUCUGGUGGAGGAACUGUGGGGGACCCUGAUUUUCCAAAACCCCAAGCUCAGAGAGCUCACCAUCUCUGCAUUUGGGAGGAGGGAUAGAGGGGGAAUUGGAGUCUAAGGAAAGCCAAGACUGGGAACUGGUGGUAUCAGUGUGAGGGCUUCAGAUAUAAAGAGAAUCCUUUCUUGGUGGGUGAGGUCAAAGGUCAUCUUGUCUACCCCCCUCCUCCCCCCCCCCCCCCCGCCUCCAGACUGUAGGGGUCAUGGGAGGUCACAGAGCUCCCCAAUUUUAGUCUCUUUAAACAAACCAUCCUCUUACUAAGGGCAGCACUCACUGUUCCUGCCUCAAGGACCUUGGGUCAAGGACAGUGGUGGGAGAGGAGAGGACAAGGCCUGUGUGUGAAAACUGUCAGGAGAGUCUUUCUCCAGCAGGCCUGGGUAGCUGCCUGCUGGGCCCGACCUAUCCUGGGGCCCACAGGAGCCCUUUUGCAUGCUGGGGAGCACACAGGCUGGCCCCUCUUUCUAGAAGCACAUUUCUGCCAUUUCUCCUGGGAGCCACCUAGCAGCCCACCACCCCCCUCACUCUCUAUCCAGCCCUUGCUGUGUGGGGCAUAGCUGGGUAAUUAGUGCUCUGAGCCCCAAAGGACUGCCUUUACUUCACACACAUAAUCCCAGGAGGGCGGGGGCAGGGGACAUAGAGGGCACAAGACCAUUUCGGGUUACCAGUCUGUUGGCUGGCCUGGGCCUGGGUCCUGCAGCCAGCCUGCCCUGCCCCAGCCCCUUCCUCCUUUCCCCCCACCUCUUCCCCUGUAGGGUUGUAGUCAGAGCUGCCCAUUAUACUCAGAUGUUCACACUUACUAUCCUUGGUACUGAUUUUAUUUUUGAAGCACUCUUCACGACUGGGGGACCUCAAUGGUGGGGGACUCAGCUUCCUGGGGUCCCACCUUGUUCCUGGUCCCACCUUCUUCCCAGGCCCAUUCUAGGCUACUAGUCAGGCACUUCACCUGGAGCCCCUGUCCUCCCUCCCCUUCACUUGGUUAAGCACUGGGCAUCUUUUGCCAUUCUGGUCCUGCUCAGUCUGUACUGGGAGGGUGAGUUCAGGACCCUGCUUUCAUCCAGGAGGUCUGGGAUGGUGGUGGGUGGGACUGUAAAGCCAGUGUUCUGGCCAGCCUGCCUGCCCUCUGAGGCCUAGCAUCAUCCACGCUCCCAUUUGUUGUUAACCAGUAUGAUUUCUCUGCUGUUUGUUGGUGACUUGCCAUUUGGAAUAUUUUGAGCCAGGCAGGAGGGUGCCUCCUCUCUCCAGCCAUCACUGGUUGUUUAGGGGUAAUAGUUUUUCAAAGGUGGGACAGAGCCUGGCUGUCUCAACUGGAGGGUGAAGGGGGCACAGUGUCCUCUACCUGAGCCGAUGCCCACUGUGUCAGCACAGGCAAGGUGGGGGGGGGAGGGGGGGAAGCGCUCCAAAGCAAUAACAACUUCUUGGGGGUGGUCAGCAAGGGCCCCCUCAGUGACUUUCUUGUUUGUUCUGUGAAAUCUCAGCUCACCUCCUGGAGAGGUGGGGUGGGGUGGGGGCCGGAGCCUGUUUCUUUGUGUCAUUCUUGUGAGCCCGUGUGCCCCCUCCUUCAGUUAGUGGGACUCCUGGCCCUUUUGGUGUGGGAACUGCUGUCUGUCCUCGCCGAGGGAUAGGGGUUUGAGGACAGGAGUGUCUCUUGUUAGUUCCUUUGGGAACCUUCUAGCCCUGUUUGUGCCACUACUGUUUGAUCCUCUACCAGCUUGAGCCCCACCAUGUGGAGAGGAGCGGAAAGAGUGGGGUUGGGGUUGUUAUGAGGGUGGGGAAGGGUCUUGAGUCUUUAGGGGACAUUCUUUUUUUUUUUUCCCAUCUCUGGGUCAAGGGUCACAUGCAGGGUUGUCCCAUGAGAGCACCAGCUCCUCUUUGUACAGAAUCCACUUGUCAUAACUAAAGGGAAAACACCUUUCAUGACUAAAGGAACCAUUGGCGAAGUCCAUUUCUAUUUUACAUAUGAGGAGACUGAAGCUCAAUCACAGGAAGUGCCACCUCCAGGGUCACUCCAGCCUGAGUCUACUCCUACUGAGGAGCCAGGGCAGGAGGAAGAGGAGGCCACCACCCUGCCAUCACUCUCUGUUCUGUGGAGCCUCCCUGUGACCUAGAAUAGUUGGGCAGGGCAGACUCUAGCCCACCUGAAAGGUGAGGAAACUGAGGCCCAGAAACAGAACGUGAUUUAUUAAUUUUCCCCUCCCUUCAGCAAGUGAGUGAUAAGGGCCAGAAGCAGGGGCUCCUUUGUGCUGCCCUUCUUCAAGCGAUAGGAGACACUGCUCCAGGGCCUAUCUGCUGGAACAAGUACCCAUGGCCAUGAAGCCCUGGCCCACUCAGUACUGCUUGGGUCCAUCUCAGUGGGCCAGCAAUGUCUGUAGGUCUGGAUGUGAGGAAGAGUUUCCAUCAACAUCUUGUUCUUUAGGGGCUGCACAGGAGCUGAUCCAGGCCUUGAUUUUUGUUUGGAAGCUCUGACCUAUGUGCUAUAACUCCUCCAAGAAGGGGUUUAGGAAGCACUAGUUCCUGCCUGAGCUGUUUGGGGAAGGGAGGCAGUGUGGCAUCCCUUAUCUCACGGCACUCCACAAACCCUACAGAUGUACUAGUACUUGAUCUCCCUGCAACGCUUUUCCAACUUUUUGUUUGUUUGUUUGUUUUCAACAUGCUUUUUGCUUCUGUGUACCCUCACAAGAGCCCCUGGGCAGUGGGCAAGGGUCUAUGUUAUAUGCGCCCCCUUUUAAAGAGGGUACAAGGGAGGUUGGGGAGGGAUGACACCUGCUAAGGUUGCAUCAGGAGGCAGUAGCUGAACCCAGACUGGAACUCAGUUCUCCAGGAGUCUUGAGCUCUCUCUUCUACACCUGGAGGUGAAAUAGAUCUUUGGGGGGAGCAGGAUAGAGAGAGAGGCAGUCAUCCACCUUAGAUGCUGUUGUCACCAUCCAGUCCCUCAAACCAGGGGCUCCGUGUUCAGGACCAGCACUGAGCCCCACUCCCUUGGGAGCACAGCUGUUGCAUCAGGCAAGGCCACCUGCAUUUAUUUAUUGAGCAGCAGUGUUGUGCCAGGCCCUGGGGGGACUGUGCCCUCCUCCCCCAGCCAUGACUCCCGAGGCCCUCAGGAGGACCCUGCGUCUGUACAGCAGAACCUCACAGUGGAUGGGAAGCUCCCAUGUCAUGAGCUCAUCAGACUCACAAGCUCUGUGGGGAGGCUCAUUGUUCUCAUAGCUUCUGUGACAGAGUGGAGUCUUGAACCCAGGGCCCCAGGCAUCACACAUGGAGCCCUUUCACUCCAGGACUGCCUCCUGAGGGGAUGAUAGGAAGGUAGGACUUGGGGGGGGGUCUUUAACUGAGGGGGGAGGUGUCUCCAUCCAUCUGCCUUCCCCUCAUUCCCUCUCCAAAAGUUGGGGCCUUUGGGGAGGGAGGGUUUCUAGGCCUCUGGGUUGGAGUGGGACACGUUGCGUUGUGUUCAUGACCAUGUAGCUCAUGUUGAAAAUUAAAGUUUUUGGCUUUUCUAA